AUGAUGAGCCUACAAAUCAUUAAGAAUACUUGUAAUAUAUCAAGCUAACAGACUACAUGUAACAGCCGAUAAGAUGACAAUAUGAAUAGUUCAGCUGACUCUCCCAGUUCAAGUAGAAUAGGUAACGACUACUAGCAAAGUACAGGUGCUAUUAGAGGUCACAGAUCUUCUCUUCACUUCGAAUAAUCAACCUAUUCAACGAUUCCAACACAAUCUUCUAGUCUAAAAUUCUAAUUAGAUAGCGAUUUUAUAUUUGAUAACUUUUCACAACUAUUUGAAGUUAAAUUUGAUAAGUAAAUUCCUAAGCCCAAGGAGGUUUAAGCUCAAAAAUCUCUUAUUUUCAUGUUCGAAGCCAUAGCCCUAUAAGAAAAGUAGCGCUAAUAAUAGCAGUAAAAAUUGAAAACACAAGAACAAUGUAAAUAAACUGAAAACUAGACAUAUCAUAAUUAAAUUGAGAAAGAGUCUCAUUAGGAAUAAAUAAAAUGUUCAGUUAAUAAACCUGUAAAUAAUUUAACUAACAAACCCAUUUUUAACACUAGAGCUGAAAGAGAUGCCUAUUUUGCAGAGCAAGUAAAUACUGUAAAUUAAGUAGGUUAAUAGUAAAAUAUUGAAUGUCUAAAACCCUAGAAAAUAACUUAAAACAUACCUAAUUAAACUGAAAAAAUAGAUCAAAUAAAAAAGGUAGAAUAACCUAAAUAACAAUAAUAAUCAGUAAAUUCCCCUACUCAAAUGUCAAAAGUGAGCUAAAAUGUAAGCACCCUACCUUCAGUAGGUUAAAAAAUUGCUAAAAAAAGAAAUCUCUCAAUAUUUGUUUCAUCUCCUAAUUCUAAAAAUAUUUAAACUUAAUAAGAAACAAAUAGCAAGAUGGGUGAUGAAGAGAAGAGCAAAAAAGAAAACUCUGUUAAUAUAAAAUAUAUUGAAACUCAUUAAACUAUAACAAUAAAUUAGGAUAAAGAUAAUUACUAUAAUACAGACAUUUAUGGCUAGUAAGGAAAUGCAUCUAAAAUGGGAAAUAAUAACAGCAGUUCAAAUUUUGUUAAUGAAAACUAUAAUUUACAUCAUCAUCAAAGAUCUAAAUCUAAUAUUUCAUAUAUAAAUUUAUAAACAAACACAUCAUCAAUGACCAACCACUCUGGAAGUAAUAAUCAUUUAUCUUCAACUUAGACCUCUUUCUUCUAAAAUGCAUUAAACUAAAUUGGUCAAAACUCAACUAAAAAUAAUAACUAAGCACUGUAAAAUAAAGCUUUUUAGUAAUCAUAUACAUCAUAUAACAACAAUAGUUCUUUAAAUCAAAAAAAAUAAAUUCAAAAAGGUAAUUCAAAAAGAAAAAUUGUAAAAAUAUCUAGCAAAUCCCAAUAAUCUCAGCAUUAAAACAAUUACCUAAUUGAAUAAGCUGAAGAAAUAAAUUAAAAUAACGCAAGCAGUAAUAACUAGUAGCUAUUUUAGUUAUGUAACAACACUAAUCUAAGUAUAAAUACAUUAGGGGAAGGAUCGAAAUCUCUUUAAAAUACACAGCCAUUAUCUAAAAAGUCUUUUAACCAAGGUAUCUUGAACGAAGAUAUGUUCAAAUUAAAUUAUAAAGGCUCCAACGCCAUUAAUAAAGAAAACUGUAUAAUGAAUAGAAAAAUUUCUUUACAAGAAGCAGCAAGCAGUUCUUUAUCCAGCCAUAACAAUCUAAAUUUAAAAACUACAAAAUAUAUAUUUAAUAUGACAAAUAAGUCAUAAAAUACCUAAAAAAAUUCUUUUUUAAGUUCUCUAGCUUAAAAUUCAUAAAAUGACACAAAUAACAACAAUAGCAUAAUUAAUCAAUUCACAUAAAAGUUUUAACAUAAAAAAAAUCUAUCUUAAGAUUUAAGUAGCAUUAAAAAUUAGUUAUCAUUAAAAUAGUAAGUUUGUAACAAUUUAAUUGGAUUAAAUAGUUUGAAUAAUCCUGAAUAGAUGACAUAAAAUGUAGAAGCUUAAUUUGCAAGUACAAGAUACAGUAAUAAAAACAACAAGCCUAGAAACUCUAGUAGAGAAAGAUCUAAAAAUAAUAAUUUGAAAAAUUCAAUAAAUUUGAAAUGCUUAUAAAAAAAUGGAAAGUUUAACAUCAGAACAAUCAACCAAAAUUCAAACAAUCCCUCAUCAUCCUCAAUGAAUUCUAACAACUUAUACAAUGCAUCGGCUUAAAUUCAAAUUGAAAAAGCCUUUAAAAGCUGUACAAAUUCUAAUAUUUAGUCAUAUCAAAAUAUUCCAGAUACUAUUUUUUCAUAAAAUGAAUGA